UGACCGAACCGUCCUAGGUUUUGAUCAGACGUCCCCGAACCUCGUAGGGUUCAACGAACCACCCUGCCUACCCGCACACGCCGCACCAGUGCCAGAGGCCGCCAAGCAAAGCGCCCGCACCCGGCACGCGGCGGCGAUGGCGGACGACGUCGCCCCGUGCACCGCAUCCGGCUACCUCGACCCCUCCUACUGGGACGGGCGGUUCGGGAAGGAGGAGCACUACGAGUGGUUCAAGGACUUCUCCCACUUCCGCCACCUCCUCGCCCCGCUCCUCUCCCCCUCCCUCUCCGUUCUGGAGGUCGGCUGCGGAAAUUCGCGGCUCGGGGAGGAGCUCUUAAGGGAGGGCGUCACCGGCGGCGUCACCUGCAUCGACCUCUCGCCGGUCGCCGUCCAGAGGAUGCGCGACAGACUGGCGGAGCAGGGCACCAGUGGUGUGGAUGUGGUGGUGGCUGACAUGCUUGACCUUCCGUUCGAGAGCGAGAGCUUCGACCUUGUGAUCGAGAAAGGGACCAUGGAUGUGUUGUUUGUGGACAGUGGUGAUCCAUGGAACCCCAAUCCUACAACAGUGGAUAAUGUAACCAAAAUGCUUGAAGGUAUCCACAAGGUUUUGAAGCCAGGUGGCAAAUUUGUAUCAAUUACCUUUGGACAGCCACACUUCCGUCGUCGAUUUUUCGAAGCACCUGAGUUUACAUGGUCUGUCGAGUGGAACACCUUUGGCGAUGGCUUCCAUUAUUUCUUCUACAUCCUUCAGAAGGGCAAAAGGUCACCAGAGUCCAACAGUCACCAAGUUACAUUACCUGCUGUUCCAAGCUUCAAUAUGCUCCAUGAAGAGCUCGAAAGCGAGGAUUACAUAUUCUGCACAAAUGUUGAUGAGUUAUAAGCAGUAGCUCAAUAAGCGAGUGCGCCGGUUCGGAGGUCUUGAUGCUACGCAAUACGCAUGAAGGGGCUGACCGCUAAGCAACCCAGCGAGUGAUGCGUUUACAUGCCUUGUUGUGUGGUGAUGUAUCAUUGCGGCCCAGCAGGCUAGGGAUCUUUCUACCAUCAGAACUGACAAUAUACACCUGUUCCCAAUGUUAACCUUCUUGCGUUAUUUCGGAUUAUGAAAAAGGACCUUCAGUUAUCUUUA